AUGCAGAACGAGAGGGUGGCAGCAAGUGUCAACAUGGAAAAAGAGGCGCUCAUCAGGAGUAUUCAGUUUCUAAAGGAGCGAGGCAUAAAGCUGAACUCCAUAACAACAGACCGUCACCCUGCCAUAAGAAAGUACCUUGAGAAGGAAGAACCAGCGAUAAGGCACUUUUUCGACAUUUGGCAUAUCUCAAAAAGUGUGAAAAAAAAGCUGACCGCGAUCAGCAAAAGCGCCAACUGCCACAGCCUAGAGAGGUGGAUCCAGGCAACGUCUAACCACCUGUACUGGUGUGCAAAAGCCAGUGGAGGAGAUGCUCGGCUGACAACAGAUGCAUGGCUAAGCAUCCAGAAUCAUGUUGUGGAUAUUCACAGUCACCAUAAUGGAUCCUACCCACGCUGCCUUCAUGGUCCAAUCACAGAUGGAGACUGGCUUGACCCCGAUUCUUUGGCUUACAAAAAAUUCAAAGAAGUGACUGGGAACCCACGCCUUCUCAAAGAUGUUGCCCAGAUGUCUGCCAACACUCAAACUUAUGCCCUUGAAAGCUUCCACAGCCUCCUGAUCAGGUUCGCGCCAAAAUCUGUGGCGUUUUCUCCCGAGGGCAUGCUUUGCAGGACUAGACUGGCUGCUCUGCAUUAUAAUGAAAAUGCCCAACGCAGCCAAGCGGAGACACUACGUGGGGACCUACGUUGGAAAAUCAAGAACUCCAAAGCGAAGCAGGGACACCAAGUGGCUUGUCCUGUCAAGACUGCCCCUACAUUUGCCUACAUUGCAAAGCUGCUUGCUGAAGCAGAAGUGCAGUGCAGGUCGCAUGCGUCAUUUCAGGAGGCAAGCAAGCAAAAGCAGACACGGAGCUUCCCAGCGCCGAUGAGCCACUCGAGGCAACAACUGCCUAAAGAAGUCAUCGUGGCUGCCAGGGUGUCAAGACUAGGCACCUGAUAGAGGCACCUGGUCAUGAUCACAUUGCAUAUCUGCUGCUUUCAAGCUUGUUGUCUGUUUGAGGCUCAGAUUUGUGGGUGAGUUAUGCUUAUGUAAAGUAAUUGUGGUAAUCACUUUUCUGUAAUUAGGGCUAUCUUGCUUUCUGU